AUGAACAACAGUGGGGAAUAUCUGAGUGACACUGUCAGACAAAUAUUUGUCCUUACCAACCACGUCAUUAUUGGCAUGACGAUUUGUCUAUGUGGAAUUGUGGGGAACUGCCUAAACAUCGCCGUGUUUCUAAAACAGGGUCUGCGCAUGUCUGUAAACAUGAGCCUGUUCGCCAUUUCCGUUUCUGAUCUUAUUGGCUUAAUUUUUCAAGUCUGGCAUAACUUUUGUUUGAAUCCAUACCUGGAGCUUGCAGACUUGCCCAUCGAUUUCCUGUCCGUGCAGAUCCUGACGGCUGGGUCUCCAAACAUCGCAAUGUCACGCAUCACUUGUUGGAUCACAAUGUACAUCACAGCUGAGAGAUGUCUCUCCGUUUUAUUACCUUUGAGGAUCAGAAACAUUGUGACGUUUAAAAGGACCGCGGUCAUUCUUCUCUUCUGCUACAGUUUAAACCUCUCCUUCUAUCUUCCUAUUUAUUCAGCAAACUACUUAAGCUGGACCUUCUACCCAGGUAUCAACAGAACUAAGCUAGCCUUCACAGGCACGAGCAAUACCUUGAUGGUCAGCUUCAUAAUGAACGUGUCCCACUUCUACCUGUCGGUCAUCGCUUUUAUAUGCAACGUCAUCUUCACAGCCAUCUUGGUGGUCAGUCUGAAGAAAAAAUCGGAAUGGCGAAGAAGCGCCACCUUCGUCAAUGAUCAGAACGAGGCUCUCACGAGCCGUGACAAGAAAACUGUCAUCAUGGUGAUUAUCGUGGCUGCAAUUCUCAUCGUCUGCUACUCUCCUGGCGUCACGAUUUGGCGCAAACAUUUCAGGAACGUUGCUGAAUCUCAUGACAACUUUCCCGAAGGAACAUUCACAACUCCAUUUCCUCCUGGAGAUCCUGCUACGUUAGACGAUGUAAAAAGACCAGCUCAUAUCCACAAAGAUGUCUGGCAGACUUGA